AUGGCGUCGCGGACGCCCUCCCCCGCCCUCAAUGGCGUAGUCAUCGGGCUGCUGUCCUCCUUCGGGUCAGCCAUCCUAAUAGCCCUCAUCUUCCUCGUCAUCUGGUUCUUCAGAUACACGCAAUCAGGCCGUAUCUUCCUCGACCGGAUCGGCCGGCCGGGCGAGUACGAUGAUGAGCAGGCGUUUGCACGGGAGGAGGCAGAGGCCUUGGAGACCAUGGACGACUCGCAGCGGAUAGAGUAUCUCAGAGCAAAAGCCUUCGUCACUUCAAAUCCUCCCGAGUCUAUUCAGACCGACAUUUCCUUAUCACAAUACCUUGCCAUCCAAGAGAAGGGCGUCUCAGCCUGGGAGUUUGAGCCCGAGCUGGAGAUUGCCAACUGCUUUGUCGAGGGACGCACCGAAAUAGAGUUCUUCGACUCCGAAAGUACCGUCAUGACCAACCUGCCCGUUCCCAAACAGAACGAGGUAUAUUAUUGGGAAGCCAAGGUCUAUGAUAAGCCAGAGUCAACGCUAUUGAGCCUAGGGAUGGUGACCAAGCCCUAUCCGUUGUUCCGGUUACCAGGAUUCCACAAGUUCUCCGUAGCGUACUUAUCAUCUGGCGUCCGACGAUACAAUCAGCCGUUCAACCCUACACCAUACGGUCCCCAAAUCGUGCAGGGAGACGUUAUCGGCGUCGGUUAUCGUCCCCGAACCGGGACUAUUUUCUUUACUCGGAAUGGCAAGAAGCUUGAGGAUGUCGUCCAUGGUCUGAAGACACAGAACUUCUUCCCCGCUGUUGGCGCCAACGGACCGGCGACGAUUCACGUCAACUUCGGUCAGUCUGGCUUCGUAUUCAUCGAGGCGAACGUCAAGAAAUGGGGCCUUGCUCCCAUGACGGGAUCGCUGGCGCCACCGCCGCCAUACGGCUCUGAGGCAGGCAGUAUCCUGCUCGAGACAGGCAGGAAGGAUGGCUUUGCUAGCUCAGCUCCCCCGCCAGGCCGAGGCAAGGUGCCGGCCGUGACCGAAGUGACAGUGCUCGAUCCGAUCGACGACGCAGCCCCUAGGCGAAUAUAUAAGGGUGUUUGA